AUGACUGGAGAUUUAUUUACGGCAAGAUUUGCCGAUUGUCAUUUUGAUGAAUCAGUAUACCCAAUAUUAGGGGGAGAAAAUAAGCAAUUGCAAAAGGAGAUAGAUUGGAAUGCAUUAUCACUAUCUCAUUUAGAUCCUCGAACAAAUCAAUGUGAACACGAGGUUCAAAAGAUAAUAUAUUUGCAAAAUAUUGCAAACCAACUACCAGAUGCAUUCACUAACCUACCAAGGGUGACUAAGUCACAUAUUCCAGCUGCUAAUGCUCCUAUUCGAAUUGAUGUCCCGGUUGGACAAUCUAUAAAUUUAAAUGAGUCUAAUCUACGCUUGAAACGUGGUAGACCAAUUGGUUCCAAAGAUAAAAAUCCUCGAAAGCGAAAAGGAGCAAAUGAUCUAGGAGAUCAUAAUGUGGAGGAAAUUGCUCAAAAAGAGCCCCGUGACAUAACAAAUGAUAAGACCACAGAGGAGAUCCAGGUACCUGAAAUUAACAAGAAUGAAGAGAUCUCAAUAAGUUAUGUCUUUACGGGAAAAAGAUGGAACCGAACUAAUAUUAUUGUCGACAACACUUUUGCUUAUAACGUUGCCGUUGCAUAA